AUGUCCGACGACGAAGUAUACACAGGCCCUCGCAACCCCAAAGUAGAGCUCCUCAGCGCUCAGCUCCUGAACUCUGCCGCCUCUACCUCUGAACCUCGUUCGGACCCUGAUGCGCUAGGCGAGGAAGACAUUUUCGCCGAGUUGGAGGCAGAAAUUGAGAAUGACGAUGCAUGGGUCCGAGAGCAGGGUAUAAAGGAGCUGCGACGAGAGGUCGAAUAUAUGAAGGAAAUGAAGGCGAAUCAACACGGGAAGUAUAGUGAGAUCACCGAUGAGAAGGAAGUAAUACAGCUCAGCGCGCGCGAAGAACGCUGCGUUAUCCACUUCUACCACUCAAAUUUUCAGCGAUGUCAGAUCAUGGACAAACACCUAGCUGCGAUCGCCCCGAAGUACUUUCACACGCUCUUCAUACGGGUGUUCGUAGAGAACGUCCCGUUCCUCGUUGAGAAACUAGGCAUCAAAGUCCUCCCAUGCGUUAUAACUUUCAUGAACGGCGUUUCGAAAGACAGGAUCGUUGGUUUCGAGGAGCUGGGUAACAGCGACAAGUUUGCAACAGCCACCCUCGAGCUCCGAUUGCUGCAAUCAGAUGUUAUACAAAAGGAACCUGCUGUGGCGCCUACUGUCCAACAUGCGACGAGCACAGUUUCUGGAAGGGGCCGCUUCCGCCAGCAGAACAGAAACGAUGAUGACUCUGACUUUGAUUUGGACGAUUGA